GCAUAAUGUUUAAAGAACACCUGUAAAGAAAACAUCAACAGGGGGAGAAAAUCAAGAACAGUGCAAGCACUUCAAACUAAGGAGUAAAGAAGGCGUAAGAGUAGAUAAAUCUAAAGCAACAACCGGGGUUGAACAACAAUUAUAUUUUUUUGCUCAACCCAGUUGAGUCUAAAGAUACAGAUAAUUAAGCCAAUACUAACCUCUACAUUAUAUCUCAAUUAAAUAAAAGAUACAUCCUUUCUAAUUAUUUCUUUCCAAUUAUUUUAGAUUUUUAAUCUUCACCUCGCCAAAGAUACCAACGACAACCUUAAUAGAGGAGGUCCAGCCGUCCAGGUCCCAGUCAGAGACCAACCUUUAGUACAAAAGACAUUAACUCGUACCACCGCUAGAGAGCAACUUAAUAAACAUCAGAAAGACAUCUAAUCAUCAUACUUUCCUCGAAAUAGUAAAUGCAAACAAACUAAUAGUAGAAUUUUGAAAAACACAACUCCAGAUGAAGGCCAAAGAUUAAUAAUACUUUGUGUCUCUACAACACACUGGCUUGUGGUUGUGGAAUCACUGGUUGCUUAAAAUUUCACAAACUAAUAAAAUCAUAUUAACAUCAGAUGAGUAAAUGAAUUAUGAGUAAAGAUGUAAAGUAGCUAAUGAAUUUGUAAAUAACCACUCUUCAACUAGCAACUUCUUCACUUCACUACAGUCACAAAAUAUACAUUACUAAAAGAUAAAACCUUCAUGUGCAGAAACAGGCCUUUACUACAAAUGAUAUUGAUUGGUAACUCAAAACAAAUGCCUAUUUUGAGGCCACACUGAAGCCAUCAUUAAAAAAACAAAUAUUCAAUAAACCAGCAAACAAUGCCAGUCAUAAUCACUAUCGUCUCCAAAUAGUACGAACACUUGUAUCAUUUUUCCAAACUUUAACUCAAUCACUAACUUCAGCGCACCCACGGAACAUCAAACGGUAUAAGAUGAUCACGAUAUCAUUUUUCCCAACUUUAACUCAAUCAAAAUCAUAGGCAGCCCCCAAACAAAAGUAGCCACGAACAAAUGGUCCCACAAGAGUGCGGAUGCAAGUACAAUCAAAAUCGCAGUAACAACGGAUGGAAGAGGAAAAACACGGCAAUCGAAGGGGAAAGAAGGAAACAGUGUACCUGGAAAAAAACAAACAAUAUGGACUUUGCCGGAGAGGAGAUUAGGGUUUUUUUAUCCCCCUUUUCUCCAAAUUUUGGGCACUCCGGGAUUGAAGAAAUCAAAAUCCCCAAAUUAAGAGUCGAGGUUGAUGGAAUCGGACCGGAAUUGGAAUUCCCCCAAAAAAAGAAUGGACAACGACGACGUCGGGAUCUUCGAUUGUUGAUCUCCCUCCGGUGA